GAGGUAAAGCCAGUAGACUUUAUCAAGUUUCAUUUACAGAUCCCACCAGGUACAACCUUUGCCAAGAAGAUACAGCAAAGACCUCUGACAAAGCCACAACAUGAAUAUCUAUUCCCAGUACUGGAUGAUAUGCGAGACAUAGAAAUAACAUAA